GUAAAUGGUGAUUGGUGAUUUUGAUUCGAUAAUGUGAAGAAAUGGAAGAUUUGUUUUUAAACCAAUUUUGAUUUUUAAAUAUGAUUUUGUUUUGAUGGAAGAAUAGAAUAUUUGUAUGACUAAUAUUAAUACAUUUUAAUUUAUUGGGCCAACAUGGGUACUAGAAAACGAAGUGGUUCCGGAUCUAAAAGACAAUUUAAAGAAAAAGUUGUGCAAAUAUAUGAGUGUUUAUUAAAAGGAGAAGAUGUUUCUCAAAAUGAGCUCUUUUGGGACGAAUUCUUUCUUCUCAAACCUAAAGUUACUAAUAUCGAGAACGAAAUCCAAAAGAUGUCUGUAGAGCAACUACAAACUGCGAAGCAAAAUAUCAAUUUGCUAUAUAGUCACUGCAUAGAAGUUUUAGAUCAGCAACAUAACAUUAGAGUUGCUUACGGUUUAUUAACAUUAUGUGCUCUUUUGCAUGCAAUUUUUAAGAAAGCGUUAGACACUCAGAUAGAUGUAAUUGAAUUUCUUACAGGGUUUGAUAACUUGGAAACAAAUACACAGAAACUGCUUAAUAUCUGUCAGACUUACUUAGAAGGUGAAUCUACAGAUACAGUUAAAGGAUUAUGUUUAAAAGUAAUCCUUUUACUCACAACUGGAAUAGAAGCCAUUAAUCAGAAUACCUUAAUAGAAUAUAUCAUGCUGUCUCCUCUAUUCGACUGCUUAGUGAAACUGUUGUGUGAUGUUCCAACUAGACAGAGACAUGGUUAUGAUGUUGUAUUAAUUAUAACUUUGUUAGUAAAUUACCGAAAAUAUGAUGCAACAAAUCCAUAUGUAGUAAAAUUGUCCAUUUUAGACGAUGAGAUAGCUCUGAAUGGGUAUGGACAAGUAAUAACCUCGUCACUAUCAGAAUUCUGUAAUCAAUAUAAUAAUGAUCAUGCCGAAAAUCAAAAUGCAUCAUGGUUUUCGUCUUUAACUAACAUUGUUGGAAAUAUGUUUAUAUCUGAAGAAGGUGGUUUUAGAAUGCAACAAGUUCGAGCAAACAAUGCUCUACUCUUAGCGUUCUACGAAGCAAUUCAUUUGAAUAGAAAUUUUAUUACAACCCUAGCUCAGACUCAGACUGACGCCAGUUCACCACCAUCGCCAAAUAAUACUUUAAAUAAUAUGCAGGGUAUACCCGAUUUAUCAGCCGUAUCAGCUACAUUCGAUGUUACCACACAACCUUCAAAUUUAUUGGUCACUUUUUUCCAGUACUGCUCGAUAGUAAUGCAAGAUACAAAAACUGAGGCCGGUACAAACACUGUUAAAUUAUGUUUUCUCAUUCUUGGAUGUAUCACUGAGGAUCAGUAUGCUAAUUCACUCAUGCAUGAUGUUAGUUUAGCAUUUAAAGUACGUUUGCACAGAUUGCCUAUGAGGCAUAGAAAAUUGUCGUCAGAUAGAACUACAUCAUCUCAACCUCUAGUUAGUACAUUAUUGGAUUUACUGGUGGAAUUUAUUUUGAGCCAUAUGAUGAAGAAAUUUCCCAUGGAGCUCUACAUUCUUUGUGCGGGAAUUAUUCAGAGGAUAUUGUGUUAUCAAAAGAAGUGUAGAAUUAGAUUAAAUUAUGUGUGGAAAGAACUUUGGACUGCAUUAAUAUCUUUGCUGAGGUUUAUUUUACAAAACGAAAAUUAUUUAGGGAAGAAAAUGAAUAUUUUCGAUCUGUCGAUCAAAGUUGUAAAUAUAUUAAAUUUUUUUAUUACUUACGGUGAUAACUUUUUGCCAACACCUGGUAGCUAUGAUGAAUUGUAUUAUGAAGUUAUACGAAUGCAUCAAGUUUUCGAUAAUAUAUAUUUAAUGGGAUUGCGAUAUUCAAUGGGAGAUGGCGAUUUCAAAGAAGACGCUCUGAAAUUAAAUAACGCAUUAUUCAAUGUGAGAGCAAUAAUAAAACAUUUCAAUCCAAAGAUAGAACAGUGGCUAGUCUCUGCCAAUCUGUCAACACCGACUGAGGAACAAAUAUUAGAUAUAGUUAAGAAAAAUUAUGAUAGUCUGACCCUAAAACUACAAGACUUCUUGGACCACUACGAGCGUUACACAGAGAAACCACAUUACACCCCAUUCUUUUCCAACAUGGUGAAAACUAUUUUAUGUGAUACGAGAAAUAAUAUUAGUUGCUCAUUGUUAACUUUUACAAAUAUCAGCAGUGAAUAUCCUAUUUUAUAAUAUUUUGAAAAUAUUGUAUACCUUAAGACUUGUUAACCAACCAUUCUUUUCUAUUAUUUGAAUUAGAUAUUUUUAAUUUGUCUAAAAAUAUAUUGAUAUCGUCCGAAGUUAUUUAUUUGCUUCUGUUCAUUUGGGUUUUGCCACCUGUGAAAGAAACUGAAAAAUGUAAUGAAAUUUUAUGUGAAAAGGAUGAAACUAUUUGUUUAACCAAAAAUCUCAUUGUCAGCUUUUUUCAGAGAACUUUUGGUUAAGCAAAAAUAGCCAUAAAAACAAUUUGACAACUCCUUUUGGCACAAGGGUUUAUUUAAUUUUUAAAUUUAUUUCCACAAAUGGCAAAAUACAGAAAUAUA